AUGGCCGACAACGAUGCGCAGCAUGAGCACACCUUCGAGAGCGUCGAUGCUGGUGCUUCGACCACGUACCCGAUGCAGUGCUCUGCUUUGAGGAAGAACGGUUUCGUCGUCAUUAAGAACCGCCCCUGCAAGAUUGUCGAGAUGUCGACCUCCAAGACUGGCAAGCACGGCCACGCCAAGGUCCAUCUCGUCGCCAUCGACAUCUUCACUGGCAAGAAGUUGGAGGAUCUCUGCCCGUCCACCCACAACAUGGACGUCCCCAACGUCCGCCGCCAGGAGUACCAGCUUCUCGACGUCACUGACGACGGUUUCCUCUCCCUUAUGUCCGACGACGGCACUCUCAAGGACGAUGUCAAGGUUCCCGAGGGUGAGGUCGGCGACAAGAUCACCAAGUUCUUCAACGAGGACGGCAAGGAUACCAACGUCAUCGUUCUCACUGCCAUGGGUGAGGAGGCCGCCAUCGAUGCCAAGGAGGCUCCCCGUGGUUAG